AUGAUCAACUACGACGUCUUCGACGCCCGCGACCUGCUUUUCCACCGAGACGCAAGCUUUCCCAAAGGUGCCAACGAGACCGAUACCGUCAUUGGAGGCAUCCACUUCAAUGCCACGGCCCUCGACAAUAACAAUUAUACCUAUUACCCUGGAAAUCAGACAUUGUCCAACAUUUCCAACUGCUAUCUGGUGUUUGAGCCAUAUUCACCAGUGUUUGUAAGAGCCAACGGCAGUUUCGUCAAUGCAACAACAUGUUAUAGCUCCAUUAACCCCAUCGGUACGCGUGGCUACACGGGUAUUGCGCUGGGUGUCAUGUACGGUCUGGCCAUUGUUCUCUCUCUCGUCGUCCUGGCCAAGCACGGUGCCUUAUAUCUCGCCACAACCAAGCGCUUCUAUCCAAUCGGUCGACGUUGGCAAUGGUACUGGGCAUGCUUUGUUUGCGCCUGCGCCCUCAUCAGUCUCUUUACGAACGUGGAAAUCGAGAGGUACUAUCUCCAAGACUUGCCCAUUAUUCUCUGCGUCUUCUUCUGGUACCUCAUGUGCCAGGGAACAAUGGCCUUGGUGUGGGAAUCUGUCCGACACUGGGGGAGCUGGCUGGAGAGGCAGUAUAUUGAUCCGAAUCCUUUCGUAUAUCGAGAGGAUGAUAGACGUGCCAAGAUAGAAUUUUGGCUGCCUUUAUGGUUUUACUUUUGGGUGUGGAUGAACUUCUUCAUGGUUGUUCCGAGGAGUUGGAACUUUGCCAAAGACCAGCACUCUGUCGAGCAGAUAAAUGCCGUGGCCAUCCCCAGCGCAACAGGUGCGCGGUUCAAGGUCGGGGCGUUCUGUCUUGUCAUCGCCUGGCUCACCAUCCUGUUCUCAUUGCGACACUCUAUCCGACACUACAAACCUAGACACCGCGGCAUCUUUAACCGAGCGGUUGGCUUCGUCCAGGCUAUUCCUCUCCGAUUUGUCCUUACAGUUCCACUUGCCCUUGCACUGAUUGGGUACCAAGCGUUGAUCUCUUUCGUCUGGGACUUUUCGCUCGUCAAGGCAAACGGAAAUGUGCCAGUCAUAAUGGCCUGGGGCUAUGGACCUUCUCUACUCAUCAUCUACAUUCAGAUUGUGUACGGAUAUGUGGCCCCCAACGAGGAUAAGGAACUCAUUAGACAGCGAAGGGAGCGCGGAGAGACAGUUGACCGUGAACUCGGCGUGGUCAGAAAGCCAGCCUGGUGGAAACGCGUCCGAGGAGAUCACCUCCGCAGCAUGAGGGACAAAAUCCAUCAAAACGUCAACGAGGUCGGUGGGAAGCGAGGGAUUGGCCGCCGCGUCGAAAACGACGCCGAAAGGCAUGCUCGUCUCGAAGCAGAGGGCGCCGCCAUCAACGAUGAUAUUGAGCUCAGCCCCCUCCGAGACGAUCCUAGUAACCCGCGCGCCGACAGGGCUGGCGUGCGCAAUCUCGGCACAACGACAAGCGUGUCUUCUGAUCCGUUGACUAUGCCCUACGGGGGCAAGAACGAUCGUCGCCACGCAGAGAGACUCAUGCAGAGCGCUGCAACAGUCUUGUUCCCUAGCGAAGAACUGGCUAAUGAGCGAGCCAGGAGAGCAGCUGAACUUAUGGAGGACGGACCGCCGCCGCCACCGUACCAUGAUAGGGAGAGGACGCGGUCAGAAUCAGGGAGACCUGGUUCGGCGCAAAGGACAAAUAGCACAUCAACGACGCAUAGUAUCAAUGCGGAACCGCAGCAGGUGAGAAGUAUGUUGGACAUAUAA